GCCUUUUAGCCCAAAAUACCCAUAAAAAAAAAACAAGCGCACAUUGCAUCCACAUCAGCCCACAAACAGAAAUCCAGCACGCAAACUGAACAUCCGGGAAACGCAACCUGAUCUGCAAAAGAUGUGGAUGUCUUAUUUCUUUUCUUCCGCCCUUCAAACCCGGUGAUGAUGGAGGAGGAGUAAAAAGCGACAUGAUUGGUGGAUGCAGCCAGUAGAGGAGAAAUGUAAACCCCUUCGUUUUGUUGCAUCGGGGGGGUUGAAAACUGAACGCUCCCCUCUUGUUUUUUUUUUCUCCUCCUUUCUUCAAUGACAGCAGGACCCAGCCGGGCGGUGCGGUGGGAAGCUUCCCCCGGUACGACAAGGAUUUCCCUGCAAGUCUGCGAUGCAGUGAAGGGAUAGAAGAUGAAAAUACACAAAAAGGACAAGCAGCAGAUGUUCACUGGUCUCCUGAAGCACAUGCCACCUCCGGCCUCCGCUGCAGCAGCCUCCUCCUCUGCCUCUGACCAAAACAGUAACGCACAAACCACAGUUCCCACAAUCCCACGGGGACACCUGGUCGUGGGCCCCAAGGACCAACUCCGCCUCCUCACGCCCGUGGGCAGCACGGCGACAUCCAAUCACUGUGCGGCGGCCGUGGCCCAUGCCGCUAAGCACUCCGGAGGAGCCCCACGACCUCCUUCCUCCCUGAGUGAGGAGGAUGAUGGAGGAGGAGGAGGAGGAGGAGGAGGAAGGGUGAAGAAGAAACGAAAGAAAAAGGACAAGAGAGAACGGGAGAAAGGAGGAGGGGAGGGGGGGGAAAGGGAAAGCAGCAAACCAAAGAAACGAAAGGAGGAGAAGGAGGCGACGGUGGUCACACUGAGGAAGAGUAAGGAGCCCAAGGAAGGCAAGGAGCGAAAGGAGCGUAGGACCAAGGGGAAGGAUGGCAGGAAAGAGAGCAGGACAGAGCUGAAGAAUGCGGCAGGGGGGAAAACGGCAGGCGCCACAGGGGCCCCUGGACCAGCUCAGGUGCCUGUUAAGGUGCCUGGCAAAAGAGGAAGAAAACCGAAGGUCAAAGUCCUACCUCCUAUACCCACGAAUCAAGCACCUCCUUCUACCCCAGGUCUCCACACUAAGGUCCCAGUGCAGGUCCACGGCAAGAACCAUGGCCAGGCCAACAGCAAGACCCCAGCCCCCUCUGCGCCAAAACAGAGGGGCCGCAAACCCAGAAAUCCUGGUGCAACGCCGGUGGAGAAGAAGAAGAAGGGAAAGAGGAGAAACCAGGAGUUGGCUGUCCAGGAGGGGGCAGAGAGUGACGACACUACCUCAAUGUCAGCCCUCAACAUGGGUGGAGAGGACAGCCAAGACCCCCUGGAUAACGCGAAGCGGCGUUCAGGGCGUCAGGUCAAGAGGAGGAAGUAUAACGAGGAUUUGGACUUUAAGGUGGUAGAUGAUGAUGGAGAGACUAUCGCAGUUCUUGGAGCCGGUCGCAUCUCAGCGCUCAAUGCCACCGCUCUGGCGUGGCAGGCUGAGGAACCACCUGAGGACGAGGCCAACAUCAUUGAGAAAAUUCUAUCUGUCAGAAUAGUGAAAAAAGAGACUUCAUCAUCAGAGGACCAAGUGGAGGAGACAGAGGAGUUUUAUGUCAAGUACAGAAAUUUUUCUUACCUACAUUGCAAAUGGGCCACUCUGGAAGAGCUAGAGAAAGAUCCCAGAAUCCACCAGAAGAUUAAACGCUUCAGGACCAAACAGGCGCAGAUGAAACACCUGUUCACCGAGCCCGAUGAGGAUUUAUUUAACCCAGACUAUGUAGAAGUGGACAGAGUGCUUGAGGUGGCUGUUACCACAGAUACUGAGACCGGAGAGGAGGUGACCCAUUAUCUCGUUAAGUGGUGCAGUCUCUCAUACGAGGAGGCGACGUGGGAGCUGCAGGAGGACUUGGACCCAGAGAAGAUCAAAGAGUUUGAGGAGAUCCAGAAACUGCCAGCAGACCUCAGACACAUGGAGCGUCCUCCUCCAGAAAAAUGGCAGAAGUUGGAGCGCUCCAGAGAUUACCGGAAUGGAAACCAGCUCAGAGAAUACCAGUUGGAGGGAAUGAACUGGUUACUGUUCAACUGGUACAACAGAAAAAACUGUAUACUUGCAGAUGAGAUGGGGUUGGGAAAGACCAUCCAGUCAAUCACCUUUCUGUAUGAGAUCUUCAACAUGGGGAUCCGUGGUCCCUUCCUCAUCAUCGCCCCCCUGUCCACCAUCACCAACUGGGAGAGGGAGUUUCGCACGUGGACACACAUGAACGUCAUCGUGUAUCACGGCUCGCAGAUCAGCCGGCAGAUGAUCCUGCAGUACGAGAUGUUUUACAGAGACCCACAGGGUAACACUAUCCCAGGUGUGCUGAAGUUUCACGGAGUGAUCACCACCUUUGAGAUGAUCAUGGCUGACUGUCCGGAGCUGAAGAAGCUCCACUGGCGCUGUGUGGUGAUCGACGAAGCCCACCGACUGAAAAACAGGAACUGCAAACUGCUGGAGGGACUUAAACUCAUGAACCUGGAACAGAAGGUUUUGCUGACAGGAACCCCCCUGCAGAACUCAGUGGAGGAGUUGUUCAGCCUGUUGAAUUUCCUGGAGCCGCUGCAGUUUCCUUCAGAAAGCACCUUCCUGGAAGAAUUUGGAGACCUCAAAACAGAUGAACAGGUGAAGAAGCUUCAGGCCAUUUUGAAGCCCAUGAUGUUGAGGAGGCUGAAGGACGAUGUAGAAAAAAACCUGGCGCCUAAAGAAGAGACCAUCAUAGAGGUGGAGCUGACCAACAUUCAGAAAAAAUACUACCGAGCCAUCUUAGAGAAGAACUUCUCCUUCCUGUCCAAAGGAGCAAACCAGCACAACAUGCCCAACCUCAUUAACACCAUGAUGGAGCUCCGCAAGUGCUGCAACCACCCCUACCUUAUCACAGGUGCAGAGGAGAAGAUUCUGGAAAGCUUCAGGAAGAGCCACAGUCCGGACGCGUUGGACUUCCAGCUGCAGGCCAUGAUCCAGGCAGCCGGUAAACUGGUGCUGAUCGACAAGCUGCUGCCCAAACUGCUGGCCGGGGGACACAAAGUCCUGGUCUUCUCCCAGAUGGUCCGCUGUCUGGACAUCCUGGAGGACUACCUCAUACAGAGACGCUACACGUACGAACGCAUUGACGGGCGUGUGCGAGGGAACCUGCGGCAGGCGGCCAUUGACAGGUUCUGCAAGCCGGACUCGGACCGCUUUGUUUUCCUGCUGUGCACCAGAGCCGGAGGGCUGGGAAUCAACCUGACGGCUGCAGAUACCUGCAUCAUCUUCGACUCAGACUGGAACCCGCAGAACGACUUGCAGGCACAGGCACGCUGCCACCGGAUUGGCCAGAGCAAAGCGGUGAAAGUCUACAGACUGAUCACCAGGAACUCGUAUGAGAGAGAAAUGUUUGACAAGGCCAGUCUGAAGCUCGGAUUGGACAAAGCCGUCCUCCAAGACAUCAAUCGCAAAGGAAGCCUCAACGGGGUGCAGCAGCUUUCUAAACUAGAAGUGGAGGAUUUGUUGAAAAAAGGAGCAUACGGAGCACUAAUGGACGAAGAAGACGAGGGCUCAAAGUUCUGUGAGGAGGAUAUCGAUCAGAUACUUCAGAGACGAACUCAGACCAUCACCAUCCAGUCUGAAGGGAAAGGGUCCACGUUCGCUAAGGCCAGUUUCAUCUCAUCUGGUAACAGAACAGACAUUUCUUUGGACGACCCCAACUUCUGGCAGAAAUGGGCCAAGAUCGCUGAGGUGGAGAUUGACUCCAAAUCCGAGAAGGAGUCCUUGGUGAUCGACACGCCUCGGGUGAGGAAACAGACCCGUCACUACAACUCCUUCGAGGAUGACGAGCUGAUGGAGUUCUCAGAGCUGGACAGCGACUCGGAGGAGCGGCCGUGUCGGACUCGCCGCCUGGGUGAACGCAGCAGGCGGUACCUCCGUGCUGAGUGCUUCCGGGUUGAAAAGAACCUGCUCAUCUUCGGGUGGGGUCGGUGGAAGGACAUCCUAAACCAUGGUCGGUUUAAAUGGCACCUGGCAGAGAGAGACAUGGAGGUGAUCUGUAGGGCUCUGCUGGUUUACUGCCUGAGACACUACAAAGGCGAUGACAAGAUCAAGAGCUUCAUCUGGGAUCUGAUUGCACCCACCAAAGAAGGCCAGGACCAGGCGCUGCUCAAUCACUCUGGUCUAUCAGCUCCAGUUCCUCGGGGUCGGAAGGGGAAGAAGCUGAAGAACCAGCUGAAUGUUCCUGAGGUGAAGAACGCUGACUGGCUUGUCCACUGUAACCCUGAGGUGGUGCUGCAGGAUGAGAGCUACAAGAAACACCUCAAACAACACUGCAACAAGGUGCUACUGAGGGUGCGGAUGUUGUACUACCUGAAGGUGGAGGUUUUGGGUGAGGCCGCCAAUCAAGCGCUAGAGGGGAUACCUGCCAGUAAACUCGAGGUGCCACUACCUGACAUCGACUACAUAGAGAUUCCAGCUACAUGGUGGGAUACCGAAGCUGACAAGUCUCUUCUCAUAGGAGUCCACAAACACGGCUACGAGCGGUACAACGCCAUGCGUGCGGAUCCAGAUCUGUGUUUCCUGGAGAGAGUGGGAAUGCCAGACGUCACGGCGCUGUCUGCUGAACAAGGAGGAGGGGAGGGGGUCCCUGACAUGGCUGACAGCGUGUGCAAAACUGAGGAGGCGAAGGACGACACUGAAAGCAAAGCUGAUGGAGGGGAGGAUAGAGACGAGAGCAGCAAGGGAGAGGAAACCUGCUCCAGCACAGAUACCUCAGAAAAGCCUGACAGCACUGGUCCAGACUCCCAGAUGUCCGGUGACUUGUGCGCCCAAGAUGGAACACUGGUCACCACCACGACGACAACAGGAACAGGGACCGGAGUGGCUGCUCUCCAUGUUGUUCAAGCCCGGCCCCUCUGGCCCACUGGCCCCGCCUUGACGGCCCGUUUACGGCGCCUGAUCACCGCCUACCAGCGCUUCACGCUGCGCCGUGAGCCGCUGCUCAGGCACGACUUCCUGCUUCACGACGGCCUCGUUGGCAUGGGGCUCGGAGGAGCUGGAGCUGCUCACAGUCAUCACGCUGGUGGGCCGCUGGCGUGGCAACUGGGUGAAGAGCUGAGGCGGUGUUCUGUGGUUGCCACCGAACCUGACCCCCUGUUUCUAGAGUGGCAGAGAAGGUGGACCCGUCGAGAACAAGCAGAUUUUUACCGCACUGUGUCAUCAUUCGGGGUGGUGUACGACCCAGAGAGGAAAGCCUUCGACUGGUCCCAGUUCAGAGCACUGGCCCGACUAGAGAGGAAGACUGACGAGAGUUUGGAGAGAUACUUCAACUCCUUUGUCAACAUGUGUAGGACAGCCUGCAAGCUGCCUCCAAGGAAGGAAGAAGGUUUGGUGGAUCCCACUGUGCUUGUAGAGCCUCUGACAGAAGAGAGAGCAGCCCGGACUUUAUACCGCAUCGAGCUGCUCCGCAAGAUCAGAGAGCAGGUUCUCCGUCACCCGUUACUCUCGGCUCGCCUCCAGCUGUGCCGCCCCUCCCUCUACCUCCCGGUCUGGUGGGAGUCUGGCAAACACGACCGUGACCUCCUCAUCGGGGCGGCACGCCACGGCUUGAGCCGCACUGACUUCUACAUCCUGAACGACCCCCAGCUGAGCUUCCUGGAGGCUCACAGGAACUACGUCAGGGGACACCCCUCUCAUCUUCAUCCUCAAAGUCAUCAUCACCCUCACCAUACCAGCUUGGCGACUCAUCCUGGCAUCUCGUCUUCAUCCUCCUCCUCGUCUCAUCCGCAGCUGCCUCAUCCUCACUGCUGUCUGUAUGAUUCGGGUCUUGGUCGCCACUCUCCUCAGCCUCCUGAAUAUCCCCACCAGUCCUCUCACCACCACCAUCAUCACCACCAGCAUCACCCUGCACCUCCAUCGGCUCCUUCUCCUUCCUCCUCGUCUUCCUCCUCCUCUCACCCUCACCUCCACCCUCCAACAUUGGAUGCCCACAAUUCUGCCUCACCAAGUCUGGGAAUAGUUCCUGGGUCACGAGGAGAUUUCCUUGACUGUCCUCCUUUGGAUGAAACCCUGGAGCUGGGUUCGCUGCACCAUGACGCCAUGUCUGCCGAUGUUUUACAUGGAGGGAAGGCAUCCAAAGAUGCCCUCAACGGUUUCCCUUUCAAUUCAGCUGCAGGUGGUCAAAGCAUGCUCAACUCGUAUGGUGUAGGGGGAACAGACCUUGAUUCAAAACUAAGGAGUGACGUGCUGGUUGGUGAGCAGGGCUCCUCAGAGGAAACUGGGCUGAUGGCGCCAUCAGUGGAGCUGGAUCAGUUACAGGCUCCCUGGGACAGUACUGACCACUCCAGUCCAGCUCACCACAUGUUCAAUGAAUCCGAUCCAAUCCUGGGUCCUUCCACUCUGGAGACUGGCUUUCUGGAGGAGGAGGAUGAGGAAGCACAGGGGGGAGACAGAGGAGGAGAGGAAGGUGGAACUCUGGAGGAGUGUUUGGGCCUCCCACCCUCAUCCUCUCCUUCCCACCCCUCUGCAGGGGAUUCUGUGGAGCCGCUGUCCUCAAGUUACAUGCUCUUCAAGGACAUUGGUGUGAGCGAAGAACCCAGCGCAGAUCAAACCGAUCUGUCAGCGAGCCCCCCUCCGCCCUACGUCCCCCCUCCUCCCCUCUCUCUGUCUGACAUCACUGCCCACGAGCCGCAGGAUAGGCUGGGCCACUCUGAUGUUGCUGAGAGCCUGAACAAUCCUGUGGAGGAAGGAGAAGGCCAGGAAGGAGGCGCUGGGUUCGAGUUUGAUGACAAGGAGGAAGAAGUGGAAGACUUGUCGAGGGCAACCAUGGAGCAGAACAUGAAAAAACAAAGAGAUCAAAGUCUGGAAAGAGAGGAGUGUGAUGCAGACCAAGGUGCAGACCAAAGUUUGGGAGUCUUGAAUCCACCCAUGGAAGUCCCACAGAUGGACGGGAUAGAGCCAGAGCCAGGUCUUGGAGAACAGAACGAGAGGAUGGAGGUCUCAAACCGACUGUCUCAAGACCUUCAGGAGAGCUUUGACCAAGCAGAGCAUAAAGAGGAGUUACCGCAAGGCAUGCACCCUUAUCUUGGGAAGCUGGAACAGGAGGGUAGCCUUGCAUAUCCUGAGUCUAUUGAAGAGCCUGGGGAGGAAGUGGAUGGGUUGAUUUUGUAUCAGACAGUGGAGACAAUGGAAAACUCUCUUGACACUGAAACAUUGAUGGGGAACGCGACUGGAGAGUUUGUGCAAGCGAGAGGAAUUCCAGAAAAUUCCAUAGAGGAUAGUCCAGUGGAGGACACAGAUCUUGCAGAUCAAGUGGAUGAGAUCUCAGAGGGGCAGAUGGCUCAUGUUUCUCUUAUGGGUGUUCCAAUGGUUCAACCCUGUGAUGAAAUGGCAAAAAAGGCAGUGAAACAACUAGACGCCAAACCCAAUGAGAUGGAGCUGGGGAGUAUUUACUCAGAAUACACACAACCCUCCUACCCUGCUACUUCUGUCUCAUCCCCUAUAGUAGCAUCAAAGCCUGAUGAAACCACCACAAAGAGCGACAGUGGAGAUGGAGUCAAAACCGAAGUCUCCAUGGAUCAGGAAAACUAUGAAGGUACAGUUGAAGAUCUGAACUUACCAGAUGGCAGCAGAGACUGUAAGAAUAGAAUCCUGACAUUCUCCCUUGAUCAGGACAACAAAGACAAUCUGCUUGAGCAAAAUGAAAUCAAAAUGGCACCUACUCUACCUGUAAACAGCAUUGACACAAAGCCAUCUGAUCUUAAUUUUUCUCUUCUACCAGACAGUGGCGGUGAGAAGAAAACACAGCAAUUGGAGCUGCCAAUCAAGUUAGAGAAGACCAAGACAGAGACUCUUGAGGAUGUCUACCCUGACAGCUCUGAAGUCAAACAUGGAAAAUUCCUGUCCUACGCCGUUAAGUCAGAAGUAUUGGUGACCAAAGUUGAGCAGUUAGACUAUCCUGUCAAACCAGAAACACCGGAGACCAAACCUGAAGAUCUAAGCCUUCCCAUGAAGCCUGAGAGACUAGACCGUAAACCUGAAGUUCUCCAGUUUGCAGCUUAUUCAGAUGGCGCCGAAAUCAAACCUGAAGCAAAGCCAGUAGCUCUCGGGUUUGCUGCUUAUACAGAUGGAACCAAGCUUAAGACUGAGACAAAGCCAGAAGGUUUAAGGUUAACAGCCUUUCCUGACACGUCUGCCAUCAAGCCUGAAGCCAAGCCAGAGGGUCUGGAGUUCACAACCUACCCAGACAGCUCUGAGAUUAAACCUGAGGCCAAGCCAGAGGGCCUCGAGUUUAGAGCAUUACCCGAAAUCAAAGCUGAGACGAAGCAAGAGCUGUUGGAGGCUGAUAGCACAGUCCUGACCCCAAAGCUCGAGCAGGCGGAUGGGCUGGUGGACACCUCGGGAAGUCUGGUGGUGAAAGGCCAAGUGAAGGAGGAGAGGCCAAAUACACCAGUGCCUGUGGUGGAAGGUUAUGUGAGCAGCCCCAGGUUUUCAGCUCCUAUUUCCAUGUGUGAGAUUCCUGACAGCCUCCAUGACACCAGGGAGCCAACCAUCGCUCAGCUGUUACAGGAGAAAGCACUUUACUCUUUUUCUGAGUGGCCGAAGGACCGGGUUAUCAUCAGCCGCCUGGACAGCAUCUGCCACGCCAUCCUGAAGGGGAAGUGGCCUUCAUCAAGUGAGCAGUACGACUCGCCCGGCUCCCUGGCUGCCAACUCCUGCCUGGCCAACAGUUUAGCGCAGCACCAGCACCACCGAGCGGGCUUCCUCCCCACCACGGCCUCAAGCUCCGUCCCAGGCCAGGCCAGGGUUCAGCAGACGAACUCUGGGCUGGGGUUCUCCAUCCCUCCCCCUCUCACAAGACUACCUAAGUACAUGCAGCGGGGCGGGGCAUGUGGGCGCGGAGCUUGGCGCCUCACCUCCUUGCCUCUCUUACAGGAGAGGCUCGUGGCUCCUCCCUAUCUCCCCGAGCUCAAACGAGCGGGUGGUCGGAGGUCUUACGACUAUGAAGCUGCUGCCGCUGCAGCCGCUGCCAAGGUUUUAGCUGGGAAAUCCGCAUCUUCAUGCCAUACUGCUACCACCACAAGCUCCAGUGGUGCUACUUCGGUGGUGGCCCCACCCUCUCACCGUACAGGAGCCAUGUUGAUUAAUGGUUGGCAAGAAGCAGCCAUUGAUCUAACUAAGUCGUCCGGAGAAAUAAGCACCACCAGUGGCAUUGGGACAGGAGAAGCUGUGGUUGCACCAGGAAUCAGCCACCAUGGUGCUGGCAGCAGUCAUAAGCUGCCGCCACCACCCCCCAUCACAGCGCCAUUAACAGGUUCUGUGGGAAUCGACAUGGCCGGGAUACUGCAGGCCGGGCUCAUCCAUCCUGUAACGGGGCAAAUAGUUAACGGAAGCCUGAGGGGAGAUGACUCACUGAGGAGGAGGAGAGGGAGGAGAAGAAACGUGGAAGCACUGUACUCUGAGUUCACCAAGAGUAGAGGACUGCACCUCCCAGAGACACAGGGCCGGGUGGAGGUGAUCAGCCACUCCUCCGUCUCCUCCUCUACCUCCUCGCCAUCCCCCUCUCCUUCAGAGCGACCUGCUGGCCCUCCCACACCGUCCUCCUCUUCUACGCCCACCCCCACCCAGACGCCUCCUCAGCCAGAGAUCGUGGCCAUCGACAGAGAGGCAGCCAGCAAAGGUCUGAUCGAGUGGCUGAGACAGAAUCCAGGCUACAGCAUGGAUCUCCCCACAUUCGCUCAUUCUGGAGCAGGUCUGUUACAUAGUUUUGUAGAGCGUCCCAAGCAGAGGAGGCAUCGCUGUAAAGACCCCACUAAGCUGGAUAUUAACUCUUUGACGGGGGAGGAAAGGGUUCCUGUUGUGCACAGAGGCACCGGACGCAGGCUUGGUGGUGCUAUGGCCCCGGCCAUAAAGGAGCUUUCCAGGUGGCUGGAUGCCAACUCGGAGUACUAUAUAGCUCCAGACUGGGCUGAUGUGGUCAAACACUCUGGUUUCCUCCCUGAGGGGAAGUUCUCUCGGAUCCUGACAGAACCAGUCAACAGAGACCCGGGCUCUCGGCGCCGUGGACGGCGACCUCGCAGUGAGAUGCCUAAGCCCCUCCUGUCUGUCUCAGAUUCCACCUCAUCUGGCCUCGGCCCCCCUCUCUUCAUGAACGGCGGAUUGAUUGGCAGCAUGGACUCCAUGGUGGCCAUGCAGAACCUCCGUGGUGGUAUUCCUGGAAUUCCUAUCUCCGGGAUCAUGGCAGCUGGAUUCCCACAUGGUUUCUCUGCAGCCGUCCAAGCGGGAGGAGCUGGAGCGUCGGCAGAGGAUGCCAAGAACGGGUUGAGUAUGUUACCCAUGAUGCUGCAUGGCAUCCCACAUCCCCAUGGGGCUGCGAUCCCGCAACACGCCUUGUUCAGCGUCAGCGCAAUGAUGGCGCACACGCCGCCGCCACCUUCUCCUCACCCCAGCUCCUCCUCUUCCUCUUCAUUGUCUGCUGCAAAGGUCACCACGACAACCGCACCGUCUACAUCUGAGGCAGCCAGCCCCUCGUCGACAACACCUGCGGAGAGAGAGAGCACCGUCUCUUCUGGCUCAGGUGGAGGUGAAAAUGAGAGGAUCCGGGAAGAGAAAGGAGCAGCGGAAGCCAACAAAAGACCAGGAGGGGUGGAGGCAGCAGCCAUCAUUACCAGCAGGGCCCAUCUUGGCUCUGCACAUCUCGGAGCUGGCACCGGCAGCCAUCUUACCUUCAACCCCUUCCUGAUCCCGGGCAUGUCCCACGGCCUGUUAUACCCACACAUGUUCUUGCCACACGGUGGCAUCAUGGCGCUGCCCGCUAUGCCUCCUGGUGCAGUAGAUGGCUCCCCGGGCAGUCCCAAGAGGAGGAGGAAGAGAGGGCGGGAGGAGGGGGAGAGAGAGGAGGAGAGGGAGAAGGCGGCGACGGGAAAGGUAGAGGAGAGAGAAAGUACAGUUAAGGCUAGUAUUACCUCCCACCCAGCAGCCUCCUCAUCUCCCCGCAUCCCCUCUACCUCGACUCCAGACCCGGGCCUGUCUCCGACUGAAGAGCCCCAGACUGGGCAGGGAGAUGAAGUGGAUGGGUCUGCAGAGCCCCAGGAACCAGACUCCCAUAACCAUCCUGAGGGAGCAGCAACAGAGGAGAAAGAGGAAAGAUUAGAGGACACAGGAGGAGAGGCAACAGAGGAGGAGAAGCAGGACACUGAGGAGCAGAGACAGGUGGAAGGAGAGGAAGCAUAGAGGAGGAGAAAACUGCAGAGGACAGAGAGACAACCACUUCCUGCUCUCUCCUCCUGUCUCCUUUGUUGCUCUCUUUCUCGACUGAGCAACAGUGUAAAGUUUGUGCCGUGUCUGUCAGUCAAUGUCCAUGUAAAGACUUUUAUUAUGAUGAUGACUAAUAAUAAUGAUGAUAAUAAUUAUAUUCAACUUGGUUAUGUUUAUAUACCAAGACCCCACCCACCCUCCACUCCCUCCUUGUAUACAAAAAAAUCUAGUGUAAGAAAUGAUCUUCUGUGUAUUCUUCCCCUUCAUUCUGCAUCGAGACUGUGUCGGGAGGGACACUUCUCAACAGGAACACACACACACACACACACACACACACUGCAGGCAAGAUGUGACCAAGGAGCGGCUUUGGCAGUAAUAUUGAUCCGUUUUUAAGCUCAAAGUGAUCCAAGAUGAUCUGUUGCAAAGUUUUGGUUUGGUGUGUUUGCAUGGACAUGAGGAUGACAAUGGAGAGUUGUGGCACAGCUGUCAGAAAUAGUUCUCUAAGUUCGAAUUUCUCAUCACAGUUUGGAAAUUAAGAGAAGCUCAAACAGAGGAGCCUGUUCACCAGAGUACUGUCUUGUUAUUUUGAUUUCUGGCACACUCCACUAAAUUGAGUGAUUUGUUUUGGGAGUUUCACUGUGCAAUGUUCAAAAACCUGCAGACUCAAUUAACCUGGAAGUGUGUCUUGGUAACACUGAAGAGUCUGAACCAGCAUUCCCAGAUACAUGUGACACUAAAAUACCUUUUCCUAGUCGAUACUGGGGGAAAACAGUGAUAAACAUUAACCUAAUAUGCAAGAGCUACUCAACCAAGAAAACAGACAGCAGCCCAAAUACAUUUCAGAAUGUAGCCCUUUUGAAAAUCUCUGAAUCACCUUGAUGUGGCUCCCAGAAUAAAAUUACAUUUAGUACAUUUUAAGAAAGCAGCCAAAUCAGAAAAAAAAAGUUUAUUAGAUUUUUACCUACAAAAAUUGAGAAAGUUGUGACUGUAAUAUUGACUAGAAGGUCAAAAAAGUCACAAUACAAGUGAGGUUAAUAAAUCCCAGGCAUGAAUGUUGUAUCUUAAUUAUAAGAUAGCAUUAUCUGCCAGCCCCAUUCGUUUUAGAUACGAUCAUUCAUAUUAUUUUUUUGCCUAUAACUUUAUUAUUAUCAAUGCUUAUUGUCAAUGCUAUGCCAUUGCUGCUAUAACUUCUUUUUAAAAGAGGUUCAGAGAGUUCAAAUGUAAUUUACUCUCACACUAGAAUAAUAAUCCAGAUUCCAGGAACAGGAAAUGUUGAGUGCAACAGAUAUUCAGAACAAGAACUCCACCUUCUCAUUUGCUUUCACAGAUAAAAGCAGAGAACAAUCAUGAGAUUCAUUUGUUUUAUUACUUUUUAGAUCAUGUAAUGAUUUUUUUUUUUUUUUUUUGUAACUCAGACACAAAGUCACUUUGAGAGAUUGCCCUUCAAGUGUUUAGACCUAAAGAGCUCAGUCAGGCCACCAGGGGGUGGUACGAGGCAGAUUUGAUUGUGUCGUUUCCUGCAAACAAGGGGUGGAGUGAGGGAUUGUGUGAGAAAAGAGAAGAAUAGGUGGGGUUUUUUUCUGCCCUGGGGUUGCUUUUAACUGAGUCCCAAAUGGAAUUAACUUGCAGCAAAUCAAUGAAACAGUGGCUCAUCAUGAAUAGUGCAAAAUGACUGCUGCAAAAUGUUUGCAAUCAUGACCUGUAGCAUCACGUCUUUUUUUUUUUUUUUUUGCCAUACUGUCCUCAACUCACUUUUUUCUCAGUGUGGGAUUCUGUGUUCAGAGAGAUAUUAUCUGCGUUGUCAACCAUCUGUCCAGUGAAAGGGAAUAGUCUGUUUUUUAGGAAUGAAGAACAGAUCAGAUAAAGCAGGAAGAGGAGGGAUACAAAGCAGUGUGAAUCACUCGGGUUGAGUGCCUCGUCGUUGCUGUUUGGCUCAUUUCUUUUCCUCAGAUUAGUUUUAAUAGCAGUUCAUACUAAGAGUUUCUAAAUAUGUAAAUCUAUCGCUGUAUAUUGCAGGUUUUUUUUUGUUUUUUUUUAAAGCACACAAUUUCUUUCUUUCGCCUUUUGUUUGUUUCUCCAUUGGGGGAAAAAUACUUGACAAAUGCGAGGGGGGGUUUUGCAUUGAGGUUAGUCCCAGUGUUUUCUGUAUCAAACAGACUGUACUGUACAUUAAAUGGAUGCAAGUUGCUGGUUUUAUUCAGUCCUUUCAGAACAGGGUCUGUAUUUUGGGGGUAUGUCAAAUGUUUCUGUUUAUGACGUUGGACUUCACUUUUUUGUUUUCAUACAUGAAAACAUUAUUUUUGCACAAUGUCUUUUUGUGAAUGUUAACCUGUUUCUGUACUGUCUUGUAAUUCCUUUAUGUGUGUGUGAGAGUGUGCGUGAUAAUGGGAGAGAGAGAGUGUCUGUGUGCAUGCAUGCGCACACGUUCUGUUGUGGAGCUGUGUUUCUACUUCGGUCUCAUCCUUACAGGUCACAUUUCUUGGGGGGGAAAAAAAACAUAGUUGUUGCCUUGUCACAAGUUUGUGGCUACAUAUAAUUUAUUAUACUUUUCUUUUGCUUUGCCAAACUUUCACCAAAUAUGACAUUCUUUCUCUUAGUUUCAUUAUGUAUUAUUCAAAGUAAAAUGCCUUAUUUAGCUAGUAUUUUUUGUAUAGAUGUUCUGUUACAUCUCCAUAUAGAGACAUGUUAUCGUGUUUGUGUUCAGUUUGUCCUUUGCCUGUAUGCGUACACGGCCUUGGUGAUGUGCAUUAUCUUCCAAAGCCAACAGUAAUGUGAAGGUUCCACUGUCCAAAUCACUACGUUGAUUCCCAAAAGUCAAUCAGUCAUCCCUCAAAGCACAAAUGGAGAGUUAACAAAAAGUGACUGUUUUCUUACCAGUGCCUCUAAAAUUACUUUGAAUAGUUUGUCUUUUUGUGGGCUUCACUUGCGCACUAUGUUGACAUCACGUUUCCAUAGUGACAUCAUCCUUGGGAAAGUGAUAAACAUUUGAAAAUGUAGCUCUUUGUUGGAUUUCACCAUUAGCAGAUGAUGCCAUGCUGUUUAUUAAAGGGGAAUUCUGGAUUCUUUUUCAAACUUGGUCUUAUAUACUUGUCCAUUAUGAUUAUUUGUCAUGAUAAUAUUUUACUCCGUUACCAAGUCCAUUGUAGAGAUUUGGAAAACCCCAGCAAGAUGUCAUUUGGAGUGAGGAGUGCAAGCCUUCUACAGCUUUUUAAAUAAUUUUUAGCAGAAACACUUAUUUGGGGCCGACCAAAAGUUAAACACACAAAGUAGUCUACUGUAAAUCCCUAUAACUGUUCUAGCGAACUGCAUAGCACAGUGGAACCACUUCUGGGUCAGUUUGCCGGCACUUUAGCCUUCCUUCUAACAAAGCUGCCUCUCACACUGCUCUGAAAAAGAAUGUAAUGUCAUGGUUCAGAUGUGGGCAAUAAAUAGAAAUUCAGCAAACCAAUCACAAACCGUAAACAAUCGGAGAGCAGUGCUGUGGUUUGUAGUCCGGUAUUGUUUUAAUGCACUUAACUGGAGGAUAGCCCACCACUAGAGUAAUGACUUCUCCAUAUCCAUUUACACAGUACGUCUAUCAAAUAAUUUCAAAUUCUCACAGUCAAAGUUGAACAAAGAUGAACUCUUGACUCGACUCUUGACAGCCACAGAUUACACCCAAAUGGGAAAUAAAUCCGUGAAUUCGUCUUUCAGGCUUCAAUUGAAGUGACUGGCAGAUGAAGCAAAUAUUUCUGGAUAUUGGUGUUUGGAUUGAAUAUUUGACAGUACCUUUACCUACCAUACACAUUGGUUUGUUAACAUUUUUGUUAGGUGGUGGCUUGCUCUUGAGUUACUGUGCAUGCUAGAGAAGUAGCAGCAAACAUAGUUCUUUUUUGUUCUUUUGUUCUCUUCUUUUUUUUAAAUUUGAUUUGAUUCAUAAAGAAAUUUGUCUCUUUCUCUGUCUGACUGCCAAUUAUCUAAAGUCGAUCAACCAUAGCAAGUAAAUACUCAAUACCCAGUUGGAAGAGCGAAAGACACAGAAUGUAGCCAAACUAUUGGUCAGUAAUGAAUAAAAAAAAUCAAAAAUAUAGCUUUGGGUCUCCAAUUUUGCUGCACCACUAGGGUUCUGAUGGGUCGGGCAUGACAGAAGUGUGUACAGCCCGGAUUGGGAUUUCAGUUUUAGGCCUGUGCAGAACUCUAAGCAAACAUGAUAAGAGGGUUCAUUUCUGUGCAUAGAUUUAAUUGACUGAGACUAUAUGAUGCAUGGGGAUGAAUGCUGCUGCCCAGCUGCUAUGCAAUUUACUACAGUAGUUGCAGGGAUGUCCAGGGGACUAUUGUCUGCAGUUACUUUCAAUUGGCCGCAAAGACAAGUGUUUAACAUAAUUUCUGUGGAACUGAAUUUGGAAAGCUGUAGGAGGUUAUGCUUCUUAUCACAGCGUUCAGUGUCUCAAAUCUCUCCAACAGAGUUGUCGAGACGCAGUUUGUGAAAUACUAGAAUUUCCCUCUAGGAUGGCUGUUUAAUCCCAUACCAUUCUCUUACUGCAUGAGGCCUUCUGUUUGGUAUCUAGCACAUCUAGGAUGAUAAUGCACACACAGUAUGUAUCCAGCUCAAGUAUUUGAUUGUUAUUGUGUGUUUGUUGAGAGUUCUGGAGAAACAUGCAUCAGUAAAUCAGAAGCGGAAGCUAGUUGUUAUGUACCACAGCUAAAUUAUCUAAAAGGUUUAAAAGACAAAAAACAAACGUUUAAUUCCACAGCUCAUGUAUGCACAUCAUUUCCUGUUACUGGCUUGUUCUUGUGUAAAAACUUGAAACAAAAUCGUAGGUGCAGUAUGUGACAACAGUUAGAGGUCAGUGAAGGCGAUGGCUCUGUAUUGUCUGUUCAUGUCACACCAUGCCUUCUUUAACAGUGUUCUUUCUUUUCAUUGAAGUCCUUUUGGUUAACUUAAAUGUUCUUCAGAAUGGUCACCUCAAAAUGUUGUAAACGUUUAUCUCUUAUCAUAAAUAAUGUAUUUAUUGUAUAGUUCUUGUCUUUACAUCGUUGUCUCAUGACUGAUUAAUGGUUGCUUUUGUUACUCUUGAUCGUCUCAUGAAAGACAAAAGCAUUUUGGUUCACAUGGAAGUUAAACUAUCUGCUUUUCUUUGUAGCCCUCGUCACCUGCUAAUCUGCUUUUUAGACGUAAUUACAUGGUAAAGAGUUCCUAGAAUACCAUCUCAUUAUUUUCCCAACAUAGUUUGGGGAACCAAGCUAUAUGUGCCAUACAAUAAUAAUCCAGUCUAAGUGGAUUUUUGGGCUGAAACAACUUUUAGAAUCCUUUCCCAGGACCCAGGAUGCAGCUAACAGUUGAUCCAAAUUAUAAAAUGUACAUUUGUGUACAUUUGUGUUGUAGGAGAAAAUGACUGAAAACUAGCAGUUCUGGAGGGGACGUGGUAGUUAAUCUGCCCUGCUUCAGAAACUACAUACCUGAACAAGAAAGCAGGCGUAGAUUUACACAGUUUAAACUCCUGUGAAUAUUUUUUGAGGGAAAUUGUCUUACUUUCCUGUUGUUUUCUUGGUAUUUUUUUUAAAUCAAAAAUACUGGAUUGGAUUGUUAUUCAUGUAGCUACAGUUGCAGAAUCAUCAUUUAGAUUUAAAAUAUUUACAACAUCCAUAAAUGCCAAUUAACGACUCACUAAAUCAAAGGACAGAUGCUGGACUUCGUGGCCUGUUUAAAAUGAUAUUGCCUGAGAAAUGUUUUACCAUCUUGUAAUCUUGUAGGUAAUCAAACCAUCACAUGCUGGUUCUACUGUUUGACUUGCACAUGACAGACCGCCUGGUUUUGACCGCCUGCAUUACCACCAUCACACUGUUGUUGAUUACAUUGGGGGCUGCUGGGUUUUGUCUUUGUUUUGAAGACUGGCCUUUAUUUAUUUGGAGGGUCCAUAUUCAGGCCUCCUGGGAAAUAUCUGCCCUGCUGAAGUGUCCUUAAGCAAGACACUGAAUCCCUGUCAGCUGAUUAGUAGCUGACUGUGACCUUUGACCUCCCUGGAGAAGGCGGCCAGUUUCGGUUUGUAAUAGGAUGAAGGUCAUAAAAUCUAAAACAAAGAAAGAGAAGGGGAAUGUAGCCAGGUCAUGUGAUACUCUGUAACCUCUGAGAGCCGACAAAAUCCAAACACUCGCCAAAGGUUUUGCUCAGAUUCGGAACACAGAGGCAAACAGGAUGAACAGAUGUGUCACUUAAAUGCUUAAAUCGAAUGUUGUUCCAUCAAAAAUUUAAACAUCAAAAACUAUUUUACAAAAAGUGAGAAAAACCUUGUGUUCCAUCUGAAUUCAUUGCAGGCUGAUUUCACAGACACUGAAAUAAGAAUUACAGCUUCUGGACUUAUCCCCAAUGCAAUAUUUAGAUGUCAUGUGUUUAAGACUUCACUGCAACGCUUGGGUUCUUGCAAUUCCCACGUACAGUAAGCUUACAAAAAUUUGAUGUUCUGUUUCUGCAAAAUGAGUGUCACAGCGUGUCACAGGGGCUGCCUGAAUAAAUUAGGAAACAUAAGCUUAUAAAACUAUAAUCAGACUACUAUGACAUUUUCACUCAUACAUUUUUCGUGAGCUAGUUUUUAGCUUAUGGUACACAUUUGUUUUUAAGAGGCAUGCUGAAGGGAAUCUAACUUUUGAAGCAAUCUCAACACUUGAUCAUUUGUUAGAGAACAACAGCACGACCACGCAACUUAAAACCAAGAAUUAAUUUUUGACUAACUGAAAGAAAGCUGGGGAAGAAAAAAAACACCUCCUCCUAAUUCAUGUCUGUGAAACCACCCAGCUCAGCAUUACAAAGAUACGGCAAGCUAAAUAAUACGUGACUGUUCACAGCCCCUGUACUAGCGACGCUGAACCAAGUGCAAAGUAGUCCACAAGGAUGUUCUUCUAAAACGUGGAGAAAAGACAAUAACUGGCUGCUCCUGAAGUCAGAAACCUGAUCAUUACUAAGUAAGUUAUGUGGUGGGGUUUUUAAUCUUUUUCCUUUUAUUUUUUUUCUUAUUUGUAACUAUAGCUCUCUGUAUUCCCAUGUGGACCAAUCUCAUGAGUCAAAACAUGGUAUGUGUGAUCUUUUAUUGUGCAAUAAAAGAUGACUUUCAACUUUC